UCAAAUCAUAUACAUUCACUUGUGCGUAUUAUAUUGGGCUACACAUUCAUUCCGUUGGUCCUACGGAUUGGUGCAAUUUGCUUUACCAUAUGUUCAGUAAAAUCAUACAGUUUUGGUGUUAUGUAUAAAAUAAGAGUAGUAUGAAUGUUUAUGUGUUUACCUCUUACUGAAUAACUUUUUUUUUUUUAUCAAAUUAAUUUAAAACAUUUUUCUUUAUAUCGUGAACUUGAUACAUUUCGGAGACUUCAAUGCUUGAAUAAAGUUUUUAUAUUUACAGCCCAAAAUAUAAUAAAUCAAUUAUGGAAAUUUGCGGUGUAAUCGAUAUAAAAGUACCGUCCAAAGGAAGAAAAUUCGGUUCGUGGAAGGCAUGGAAAAGCCAAUGGUGCGAAGUUCUCAAUAAAGAAAAUAGCAUGAUCAUCAACAUAGGACCUAGUAAGGGAAACAUCAUAUCCUGUUUAGCAGUACCCAAUAAUGCAAUAAUUUACCGAAUUAAAUCCAGGACUAAAGCUUACGGGUUUGGAAUAUUUUACGCGGGAGAAAAAGAACAACAACCUUAUAUUUUUCUUGCUGGAAAAUCGGAAACAGAAUCGCAAAAAUGGAUGCAAUCUAUCAGAGAUGUUUUAAAAUCACCAAAAUAUCCAAAAGCAACAAACGAGUAUACUGUAUCAGUAAUCGACAACGAGCAUUCCAAAAGGGCUGGUCUAACCGGCCUUUACGGUACCUUAUCAGUGAAGGCUGAUGAAAUACUGGUCACAGAUCCUCAUACCGGCAAGACUAAAGUAACACUUCAUUGGACACAAAUACAAUGUAGUUAUCUGCCUCUACCGGCCGUAUCGGACGAUUUACACAAAGUGUGUACAAUACGUACAAACAGCAAAUUUAGAGCGGGCGAUGGCGACCUGGAACUAUUUUGCUGCCAAGCUGAUGAACUGCAUAAAGAAAUGUUAUCAUGUCCGCGACCAUUGCCCAGGAUAGCUACUACUCCAUUACCGCCUACGCCGAAAGACAAACAAAUGUUAAAUGAUUGGUCGGAUUCGCCAUCAAUGACGCCGCCUCGUUGUUUAUUCGAAUCCAGACGAAUGAGUAGAAGUGAAGGCGAUCUAAAAAAAUUCGUUAUGCAACAGCAACAACCUUUACUACGAUCGGCUGGCUCGCAGCAGCACCUGAUUCUAUUGCCUCAGAACAAUUUAACGCAAAAAAGUUCGUCGCACUAUUUGCUGACCAGCGUGGGAUUGCUAUUGACCACUCCUGGAUAUAGUGAACCCAAUUCAAUGCAAGACCUACGGCUAAUCGACCAAAAUUUGUUGAGUAAACGUUUACAAAACAUCGCUAACGAAGAACAUAGGAACAUCGAAGAAAAAAGUGAGAACGAGGAUUACGAAGAGAUGUUACGAACGAACGAAGAACAGACCAACGAUACACCCCCACCUCUACCACCGAGGCAAUUAAAGUAUGUUUCUAUGGCCAAUUUAGGAGGAAAUAACAAAUUGUACAUAUCUGGACCAGUGCCCAUAUAAAAAUAUUGUCGUUACAUGUUAAAUGUGAUUCAUUUUAUCGACAAAAAUUAUCCUAAGUAGAUGAAAAAAAUUAUUUCAGAUGAAGAAUAAAAUUGUUUCAAUUUUAAUACUAACACAUUACAUUUAUU